AUGGAUCAUCAUCAUCAUCAUGUUACCACUGGUCAAACUAAAACCCUAGCAUCAUCAUCAUCAUCAUUAUCAUCAACAUCAUCUUAUACUUCAAGUGGUAAUAAUGAUGAUAACAACAAGAAGAUGUACAGAGGUGUGAGAAAGCGGAAAUGGGGAAAAUGGGUGUCUGAAAUAAGGCUACCAAAUAGCCGUGAAAGAAUAUGGUUAGGAUCAUAUGAUUCACCUCAGAAAGCAGCGAGAGCGUUCGACGCUGCACUUUACUGUCUCCGUGGUCGUCAUGCAAGUUUCAAUUUCCCUGAUUCACCUUCUCAUUUGGAUAUCACUGCAGUUUCUAACGAUCCACAACAGAUUCGAGAGAUUGCUGCUAAUUUUGGCAACAAAAAUCCACCCAUUGUUAUUUGUAGUAGUAAUAAUAUUAAUAAUGGAAAUGAUAAUACAGAUCAAUCCAAAAUUGUGACUGAAAUUAUUGGCUCUUCAACUUCUACUACCAGUACCACUGCUAUGGAUGAUAAUGGGAACGCGAUUGAUUGGACAUUUUUGAACGUGUUAGAGGAUGGUUCGAGUAAUGAUGCUACUGAAAAUUAUGAUGAUUUUUUCUAUUCUGAGUUAGAAAAGAUACAUUCGGAUGAGUUAUUGUAUUACAGUUCACCACAACUUUUUGAGGAAGAUAAUAACCAGAUGGAAUUAGUAGAAGAGGAUGGUUAUGACCCUUUUUCUCAUCAAUCAUUCCUUUGGAGCUGGAACUUCUGA